CGACCGGCGACCAUGAAGUUUUCAGUUGACCCUUUCUCAUUUCAUUCCUCCGCGUUGAUUCGCAGAAGGGAAAAGGCUUCUUCGGACGGAAUUCCCACACCCCGAAACUCUACGGUGAUCUCCAUUUCCUCCUCCACAUGGACGAAGAGUCCUCCAAGGAAGAGCACUAUGCUUCUUCAAGUUUGGAUAGUCACAAGGUAAAAUGUUGGGGAUGUGGAUUAAAUCUUCUCCUUGAAUCAUUUUCCCCAAUAUUUAAAUGUGGUUGGUGCGGAGCGAUAACAGAUCAAAGUAGAGCUUUGAGGAAACCUGAUAGUGCUUGUUUUUCACGGUGGAGAUGUUUACGAGACCGCCUUUUUGUUACUCUUCUUCUUUGCUUCAUGCUAUUUGUGAUAUGUGCUGGUGUUUGGGCAAUCUAUCCCAUUAUUUUCUCCAUCAGCAUGUUUUAUGGAGUUUUUCACUGCUUAUUAACAGCCAUCUUAUCCAUCCUUACCAUCACUUAUUUUUGCAUGGCUUCCUUUUUCCCUCCUGGUUCACCACCAAAUAUAACAUGGGGAAGCUAUCCAGUAGUAGGGAAGGAUGGCCUAGACAACUACACAUUUUGUGCUUAUUGUUCCAAGCCAAAGCCUCCAAGGGCACACCAUUGCCGUUCCUGUAGAAUGUGUGUUCUGGAUAUGGACCACCACUGUCCAUUUCAGAUAGGAAAUUGUGUUGGAUCUGCAAAUCAUUGGUACUUUAUAAUGUUUCUUAUUAGUGUAAUCAUUAGCUGCACCUAUGUUUUCAUGAUGACACUAUAUGCUGGUUUUCAUGUAUGGCCACCAUUGGUACUGAGAAAGCUCACCAUAUCAUCCUCUGGCCCUCGAAUUGCUGCCAGUAUUCUAAAGGAGAUAGUUGCUGCAUUAGCUAGCUCAGCACUUCUUUUAUCUGCAAGAGGUCUCGUUCUUAUGUAUCUGGCAUUUGCAAGUGUCAGCGUGGAAAUUGGUAUAGUUGCAUUAUUGUGGCAGCAACUCCAUUGGAUAUAUGAAGGUAACACGUAUAUAAACCAAAUAACUUCACAUAACAGUGCACGUAGACAAGGGGGCUGCCAAAAUCUUUUUCGUUUUUUUGGUUGCCCACACUCAGUUCUUAGAGUAUUUUUGGGUUCUGGAAAUUCUGGAAAACUGCAAGAUAUAUCAAGCUCCAAGCUCUUGUAGAGUCAACAGAAUAUAAUUAAGUGAUGGAGAGAAUCUAAGUGGUGGCCUUACAGUUCUCGAAGAUCUCCGUAAUUCCGGCAGAGGAGUGGUUUCUGGGGCUACAUUCUCUUGGUUUGUUGGGAGUAUAUUUUCUUCAUUUUGAGCAUUUUGUUGCAAAUUAUUCAUUGGAAAAUCUUUAAAGUGAAAUACCCCAGACUUAUUUUCUACAGAAUCAGCAAUUUCUGAAGAUUUACUUAGUCUGUCUUUAUACAACACCUGCUCACUGAAAAUUACAUCUCGGCUUCUGAUAAUCUUUCUAUUUUCAUCAUUCCAGAAACAAUAAUCGAACUCAGUAUCACCAUAACCAAUGAAGAAACAUUUCUUAGAUUUCGGAUCAAAUUUAUUUCUUGCAAAAGCAUCAAUAUGAACAUAAGAGAGGCAACCAAAUACUUUCAAAAAAGAAUACUUUGCGUCUUUGCUGCUCGAAACUUCCUUUAGUAUGCUAUAAUUCAAAGGUACUGAAGGACCCCUAUUAAUCAAAUAAGUAGUUGUGUUGAUUGCAUCAGCCCAAAACACUUUAGGCAACUCAACAUGAA